AUGCAUCCAUCGCGACGUUCUUUGCAGACCUUCCUGCUCCUAGUGGUAGCACUCCUCGUGUCAUUCGUCAACGCGGGCUACCACUACGGAGGCUACGGUGGAGGAGGCUACGGCGGGGGAGGCUACGGUGGAGGAGGUUACGGUGGUGGCGGAUACGGUCACGGCCAUGGCGGAUACAAAAAAGUGAUCGUCCUUCACAGUCACGGCGGACACGGCGGAUACGGCGGUGGUGGCUACGGUGGCGGCGGUUAUGGUGGUGGAUACGGGGGAGGUUACGGAGGGCAUGUGCGAGAGUAUUUUAGAUGUGCUGUGAGCCGCCGCAAGAUCAUGGAUCUCCACUGUUCAGAGCUCACUAAGACCAACCACAAUGUUGCAAUGAUGGUCGUAUUAAUGCUCGCUACAAGUCACACCAGCGCCGGCUACCGCUACAAACUGCACGGUGGAGGUGUUCCUAUAUGCGGUGGUUUCGGUUCUUGGAAACACGGCUUCGGCGGUGUUGGAUACGGAGGUCAUGGCUACGGAAAGAAGAUUAAGUUUAUUAGCCACUUCCACGGGAAAAUGGUCGGUAAAGGCUACGCCGGUGGAUAUAGAAUCGGACCUGGUGGCAUAUACGGACACGGUUCCCAUGGUGGCUACAGUGUUGGAUACGGUGGCCCUGGUUGGUGGUGA